AUGGAUUGGAGCGAAUCAGGAAGUGCAGCGACGUUUACCACGCCGACGACGUCGUUUCACUUUGAGAAUUCUGGCGCAUCGACUUCAGAACAACUGUUUUGUGGCGAAGACAUUUCGAAUAUAACCGUCGACGGCUUAAUUCUGCCCGAUCUGGACGGCGACGCGGCUCAACGAAGUGUGCUUCUGGCGCGCUCGUCGCUCGACGACUCGUUCGGCUUCGCCCUCCAAUCCUAUGUAUUCAAGCGGGCUUCCACCGAUUCCUAUGAGCGCAUCACCUAUGUCGAUUAUGUGUCGACGUCGAGUCCGGCGUCGCGAGCCGGCGUUCGAAGAGGCGACAUGGUGAUCGCGGUGAACGGCCAGUGCGUCAUCACCUCGUCGCAUACGGAAAUUGUCGCCGCGAUUGCGCAAAGCCUUCAUGUCACACUUGUUUUAGUGUUCAAGGAUGUUGCCCGAAUUGUUGGCCUUACGAUGCGCUCGAUUCAGCUUAAUUGCCUUUUAAAGGAGAAGGAGCGCGAAUUGGAUAUUCUUGAGGAGGAAGAGAUGCGACUAAUGGAAAAGCUUAAAAAAGACGACAAUUCGAGAUAUUAUGAAGUUGAUGAGGAUAAAAGCAAUAGAAGUUGUAGUAGUAGUAGCAGCAGCUCAGAAGAAGGCAGUUGUAUAAUUGAACGACAAGAAGGCGGCGGCGGUGAGAAGGAAAUCGAUGGUGUGAACAAUCGGCACCUGUUCCGAAUCAAUUCGGGAUCUUCGUUUGGAUCGCCGCAAGUCACGAGGCUUUAA